AUGGCACGACGAAACAGUGCAACCAUUCCGAAGACCAGAAGACAGUCCCUGAAUCUGCAACACCAAGGUCAUUUAUUCGCUUCCUCCUUCAGUACACGACUGCCCAGCAAGGGGAAACGUCCUCAAGGUAUCAUCAAAGGACAAAGGCAAACCCCUCUUCGACGGAGCGCACGUUUGAGCCGCUUGAUUGAGGUUGAUGAGACUCAGCCAAAAUACAGCAAACAGCCUCUACCAUCGCCAGUCAGCGACAUUAAAAGUCUUAAACGUGCACACCCACCUCCUACCCAUCUACCAUCGAAGCCUCCGAAAAGGAGACGAGAAGCUGAAGAGCAACUAAAACCGCCCUCUUCAAAACGACCGCGAACAUCAUGUCCUGAACCCUCUCCUCAAGACGUCGAUACCGUUACAUAUUGGACGCAGACAUAUCACUGGCCAAGAGGAUACUUCGAUGAAAGUGGUGAAAUGAGUCAUUUACUGGCCCGAAAGAAAUCGACAGCGUCCCUUCGCAGAAAGCGAUCAGAUAGCGAGUCUGGCGCACCAAGCUCCACUACACCGAGUGACCAGAAACCUAGAGAGGAGAAGAGUGCUCCUUAUCAAGACCCACGGUACAACUCGCUUCUCGAGGCGAAAGGUAGCUUUAUGGGCAAAUAUGUUGGCCGGAGUGAAGAGGGUCCUACAACAACGAGCAAGAAAGAGUACAAGUCCUUGCUUGAAGCCGAGCAGGUAGUUCCCGAACAGUCCUUGUUUCAGGAUGAUUUCUUCGAGGAUACCUGCGAGAUGGUACAGAACAGAAACGAAGCAAAGGUCAUUCAGGAUAUCGCGAGACUCAUCGUUCCUUCCGCGCAAUCAUUGGCGGUUCAAGGGGCGAAGCAUUUAAGGUGUCUUGUCGAGAGCGUCAACGAGGGCUGGAACAAUUCUAUCCCAGUCACCAAAACACGACCUCAACCAGAUUAUUCUGUGGGGUUCAAACGCUCGGCAUUUACAGAAGAUCAAAUUCAGAAGCUCCAGCCAUUCGUCGGCGACCUCUUCGACAACUCCUUCUUCAUGGGCACUUGGUACAUGUACUUCCCCUUCUUCUCGAGUGAAGUGAAGUGCGGUGCGGCCGCACUCGAUGUGGCAGAUCGUCAGAACGCGCACAGCAUGACCCUUGCUGUUCGAGGGGUCGUGGAACUGUUCCGACUCGUGAAGCGUGAGCAAGAGCUUCAUCGUCACAUCCUCGCCUUUUCCAUUUCGCAUGAUCACCGGACAGUGAGGAUUUAUGGCCAUUAUCCUGUGAUGGGGGGCAAGAAGACCACGUUCUACCGUCAUCCAAUUCGUACUUUCGAUUUUACUGAAUUGGACGGCAGAGAGAAAUGGACGGCGUACAAGUUUACUAAGAGUAUCUACGACACCUGGAUGCCUGCGCACUUCAAAAAACUUUGCUCGGCAAUCGAUGCAAUACCGCACGAUAUACAUUUUGAAGUCUCUGAGGAAUCGGAUCUGCAAUUCACUUCAUCAUCGGGACUUUCACAAGGUCUGGAAAGCCACCAUCUCGCGGAAUCAGGCACCACAUAUGAUGACGACCUGAGGCUCCUCGACCCCCUGCGGCUGACACCAGAAACUUCUGUUACCCAAACAUCAGAACAGGCGACGUUCAAAAAACCAAAGAAGAAAUGA